AUGGGGAAGAAAAGCGGGAAGGUGCGAGUGGCGCUUCGUGAGGUUAUUAGGGUUUAUGUAGCCGCUGGCUGGGGAAUUCACGAUUGCACUGCAGCUAACAAGUACUACUAUUUGCGCCUUACUGGUUGGCUGGUUGAGGGUACCAGUUCGCAAUGGCUAUCUAGGCAAGAUCAGAUCUGCUUGAUCCCGGAUAUGAUUAGCUCGGCUCUAUCCGAGUUGUGGUCAUCCUGGCGACAAGGUCCUUUAACGAAAUUUAAUCUGAACAAUCUAUUCGAUGUAGCUAUCCUCGUCCUUCCUCAUCAUGUCCGGGCUCCACUCUACCACUCGUGUAGAAGACCGACGGUGUUUUUCUCGCUAGAGUUUGUUUGGAGAGGAAUCAAUUUAAACCGGGAGCUGGAGAUGCCUAAUGCUGGUAAAGGGGGUUGCCUGUGGGAGGCGGUUUUGUUGUUGUGGUUAGCAACGGCUACUAACUGGGUACCCCCUUCAACUUCAACAAGAAAGACAUAG